AGCCGUGUAUUUUACAAUUAUUUACAUGUUAGACGUUUCCUAUUAUUUUUAUACUUCAAGUUUUAAGUUAUUUUCACAUAAAAACAACAAUAAAAUUAAUUAAUAUCGUAUAACAUUUUAUGUUAUAAACUUUUUAUUUCUAAGUUAAUAAUCAUGGAGUUUAGUAAUGAAUUGUUAGGUGGUUAUUCUUCGAAAUUGAUUAAUAUUAGACAAUUUAAGACGGAAAAUGCUUAUGAAAUGCAUCCAAUUAAGGUGUCCAAAGUUACUGAACGUAAGAUAUUUGCAAAAAUUCAGUCAAUAAAUCCAAAUGCUGAUAUUUCAAGUCUUCAGAAUGAAAUUAAACUUUGUGAAGCCAAGCUGCAAAAGCUUAAUUUUCAAGACUUUUUUGAUUCCCCUGAUUCCCUAAAUGCACGAUGCCUUUUCCCUAUUUAUGACACUGCUACUGGUGAUCUCCAAACACUAAAAAAAAAAAAAAGUGACUUAUAUCAAACUAAGAGAACAAGAAUAUAUUCACCUCUUCCGAAUUUCACUCCUCGAGGCAAUAUAGUUCCAGGCCAGACAGUAUUAAUUACCAUUUCAGUCUACCAUCCAUUUCAUUGGGUAAGUGAUCAAGAUCCAGACGAAGCUGUUAUCCCACAUUGUAAUGACUCAAUUCAAUUUCAUGAAACUCAAACUCUUCGAGAUAUUAAACAAGCAAUUAAAUGUGGAAAUGAAGACAGUGAAAUAAGUGGUGACAUAAGUGAAUGUCCUCACAAACCUUUUGAAUAUAUAAAAAGCUCAGAUUUAAAACAUGGAUUAUUCUACAUAAACAAUACUUUAUAUGUGGAUUCAGUACAUCCAGAUAUCACCCUGGCACAUGCAAACACUAUUAAAAAAUGGGCAGAAGAAAAUGGUAAACCCAUUGAAGAUGUUAAGACUAUAGAAACACAACUUUUAGAUUUGGAAGUAUGCAUCGGACAACCAUACAUUUAUCAACAUUUAGGACGAUGUGAACAUCUAUUUAUAUUUAACGAUAUAAGUUUUGCUCAAACUAACGAUUGUUUGGGACAGAACAAUUAUCCAAGAAUUGUCAGUACAGCAAAAGAUAGGUUGAAAAAUUGUAUAUUCUGCAAUAAAUGUAUGUCCAGCAUUGUUAUGAUUAGUGAAGAUAAUAGAACACCAGUCACAGUUAACCAUAUGUGCGAACCUUGUUUUAUUUCUUAUAACUAUAAUAGUAUAGGGGAAAAGGUUGCCGAUUUUAAAGCAUAUAGGGCUAUUAAAUGGAGAAAAUAAACAGUAAUGGACAAAUUAAAAAAAAUCUUUUAGUUUUAAAUGGUAAUUAAAAAAAAAUGUAUUACUUUUAAAUUAAAUAAUGUAAUAGUAUUUGUUAAAAUAAUACUUAUUAACAAUAAGAAAUUAUGACAUGCAAAUUUAAUUUUUGUCUUAUUUAUUUACUUUUUACACAAAUUUAAAAAAAUUGUUAUGGGUACAGUUUAAGUAUGUAUAAUAUGCUAUAUUUCAAUAUUAUAAUUGUAUAAAAUGUUACAAAUUAUACCUAAAAAAUCACAAAGAGAGCUGAAUUAAGUAUCUACAUCAUUUAAAUGUUUUAAAAAAUCGACAAUAGAUUGGAUAUUUUAAUGCAUAUUUAAGUUGGUAUGUUGAAUUUGUAAUAAAUUCGUAGGCGUAAAUUUGGCUUGUUAGGAGGGGGGGCUAACAUUUCAAACAUAGCACAGGUCACAGGCCCGCAGAGGGCUUCGCCCCUGCACCCCCUUUAUCUACAUUUUCAAAUUGCCAAGCUUUUACAUAAAUACUUUAAAAUUAUUUAUUUAACAAAAACAUACACAUUUUAAUUUAAUUAGUUAACUAUAAACUUAUCUAAUGACUAGUUUUAUUGACCCAACAGUAUUCAUAACCUUGUAUGUAUUACCUUUUAUAAUAAUUAUUAUUA